AUGGACCGACCCGCCGCCAUAAUCUCCGAUCGGGUCAACGUUAACGGAACUGUCACGUACCUAUCCCUGCUUGAAGAUGGGAGGUUGUGGUGGCCGGAGGGUGGUCAACGGAAUUUGAUCAUUGAAAAAGAGGUUAUUGGGUUCGCCGGCGAUGGUCCAAACAUUAGGCUGAAAACCGUGGUGGAGGAUGGAGAUAGAUGCUGUGGUGGGAACAGAGGAAAAGUGGUCCGAAACGAUGUCGUGUUUCGACCCUCGUCUGAGGAAUCGCACAGGCUCUGGUGCCACAAGCUUAGAGAAUUCAUCCAUUCCCUGGGACGCCCCAAGAGGCUCUUUGUUUUUGUUAAUCCUUUUGGGGGGAGGAAAUCUGCUGCCAAUAUUUUUCGUGAUCAAGUUAAACCUCUUUUUGAAGACGCACAAGUUCAUCUCACUGUUCAAGAAACCAAGUAUCAGCUCCAUGCAAAGCAAGUUGUUCAGUCACUUGAUUUGUCCAAAUACCACGGGAUUAUUUGUGUUAGUGGAGAUGGGAUUUUGGUUGAGGUUGUAAAUGGACUGCUACAGAGACAGGACUGGGACACUGCAAUAAAGAUACCCCUUGGAGUAGUUCCUGCAGGUACGGGGAAUGGCAUGGCAAAGUCUCUUCUCGAUUCAGUGGGUGAUCCUUGUUCAAUAACCAAUGCUGUUCUUGCCAUUAUAAGAGGCCAUAAGCGAUCACUUGAUGUGGCCACCAUCACACAAGGGGAAACCAGAUUUUUCAGUGUGUUGAUGCUUGCAUGGGGUCUUGUGGCUGAUAUUGAUAUAGAGUCUGAAAAGUAUAGGUGGAUGGGAAGUGCUCGUAUAGAUUUUUAUGCUCUAACUCGAAUCUUCCAUUUGAGGCAUUACAAUGGAUGUCUUUAUUUUGUGCCUGCACCUGGAUUUGAAGCUUACGGGAAGACAACUAGUCACCCUGGCAGCUCUACUAAACGCAUCAAUAGUGAUCUAAUUGAUGGGGAACCUGUGAAGUUAAAUAGGCUAGGUUAUCAGGGACCUGAAAUUGACUUGGAGAAUCAGAGUUGGAGGGUUUUAAAUGGACCAUUUAUUUCGGUCUGGCUUCACAAUGUACCUUGGGGUGCUGAAAACACCAAGGCAGCACCAGAUGCAGAGUUCUCAGAUGGUUAUCUGGACUUGAUCAUUGUAAAGAAUUGCCCAAAAUUAUCAUUGCUGUCAUUGAUGUCAGAUUUGAAUAAUGGAGGUCAUGUAAAAUCGCCACAUGUCAUGUACCUAAAGGUGAAAGUUUUGGUCUUGGAACCUGGCACACGCUUGGGGGACCAGGAGAAGGAAGGGAUCUUAGAUGCAGAUGGAGAGGUUCUGGCGAGGGGUAAUGGAUCGUACCAGUGUGAGCAGAACGCUUUGAUGGCCUAUGAUAAACUUCAAAUAACAGUGGAUCAAGGUUUAGCUACUCUUUUUACUCCUUUGUAA